AUGGUCAUCGUUGCCUUUCGACCCGCGCCAUCCGCUAACACUGCUGGUCUCCGUCCCGCGUGUGUUCUCACAGAGGAGCAGGCGAGGAACCGCUUCCAGUCCGAGUUGGAGUUCAUCCAAUGUUUGGCCAAUCCAAACUAUCUGAACUUCCUGGCUCAGAGGGGCUACCUGAGGGAGAGACCCUUCAUCAACUACCUCAAGUAUUUGCUAUACUGGAAGGAGCCCGACUACGCCAAAUUUCUCAAGUACCCGCACUGCCUGCACAUGCUGGAGCUGCUUCAGUACGAGCAUUUCCGCAAGGAGCUGGUAAACGCGCAGUGCGCCAAGUUCAUCGACGAGCAGCAGCUGCUGCACUGGCAGCACUACUCCAGGAAGCGGACCCGCCUCCAGCAGGCGCUGGCCGAGCAGCAGCCGCCGCAGCAGCAGCAGGCGGCGCCGGCGCCGCCACCGGCCAACGCCGCCGCCAAGUGA